AUGUCCCCCAAGCCCGCCUACGUGGUGACCAGCGAGUCGUCUUUCCCGAGAGCUUCAGACACCGCCGCCGCCACUGGGGUGUGCGCCUCCUGCGCCCUGUCCCCGCCAGGCAGCCCCAGCCCGGCGCCGCCGCGGACCUGCGCCGACAGCGAGCCCCGAGCUCCCAAGAAGGGCAGGGCGCGGCGCGGAGGUCGCAGCCGGCCCAAGAGCGACGCGGCGCUAAGCAGACAGCGACGCAGCAGGCGCAUGAAAGCCAACGACCGCGAGCGCAACCGAAUGCACAAUCUCAACUCGGCGCUGGACGCGCUGCGCGGCGUGCUGCCCACUUUCCCGGACGACGCCAAGCUCACCAAGAUUGAGACGCUGCGCUUUGCGCACAACUACAUCUGGGCGCUGACCGAGACGCUUCGCAUGGGGGAGCACGGCCUUCGGGGGCUAGGGCUGGGUCUGGAACUGGGACUGGCCCCGCCGCCGCUCCCUGCUGGGGAGCUCAGCAGCCCCGGCAGCGCCUCCUCCUCUUCCGGGGAGUGGGGCUCGCUCUAUUCUCCAGCCUCGCAGGCGGGCAGUCUAAGCCCCACCACCUCGCUGGAGGAGCCGCCGCCUUUGCCCUCAGCCGCUUCCCCGGUCUGUCUGGGCCCCGAAGGCCUGUCCUUCUCCGACUUUGUGUAG